AUGGAGGAGGAGGAAGAGGCGUCCGUCGCGGGGGGUAUCACGAACGGCGCCAUCGCGGACGCCGCCGUGGUGGAAACCGGGCAAACCGACGCCGCACAGCUGUACGAAAAUUACGUCCCUUCCAAGGUCACCCAGGGCGCCACGCACCCGGACCACGUCGUGGAGACGUCCACGCUGUCGCAGCUGACGCCGCCGGACGUCCCAAAAGGUUUCGACCACAGGCUGCACGACGCCGUGGAGGCUGAGACUCUCAGCUCAAUGCAGCUCGAAUCCGUCGUGUACGCGUCGAUGAAACACGAGCAACGGCUUAAAGGCGGGCGAAGGGCGGGGUUCUUCCUAGGGGACGGUCCGGGCGUGGGCAAGGGACGGCAGAUCGCGGGAUUGGUCUACUCGCACGCGCGGGGCGGCGGGUCGAGGGCGCUGUGGAUAUCCGUCAGCGGAGACCUCAAGUUUGACGCGGAGCGAGACCUGCGCGACCUCGGUCUGGCCACGCCGCGACUCGAGGUGUACCCAAAGGGCAACGGACCGAUGCCGAACGGUGACCUCAACGACAUGACGAAACGCGGGGUGGUGUUUUGCACGUACUCGUUGCUCAUACAGGGCAGCGGGAAGACGUUGCUCAUGAAAAAAGGGAGCAGGCUGGAGCAGCUGGUGCGUUGGCUGAGGCAGGACCCGCACGGCCCUCUGAUCGUCUUCGACGAGUGCCACAGGGCGAAGAACCUCGUGAACGAGAGCGGGAUGCCCACCAAGACGGCGCUCGCGGUGGUGGCGCUGCAACGCGCCAUCCCGGAUGCCAGAGUCGUGUAUUGCUCCGCCACCGGCGCUUCGGAGCCCAAGAACCUGGCGUACAUGACCCGCCUUCACGCGCACGGCUUUAGCAAUGUGGAAGGUAUGCUGAACACCCUGACGGAAUCCGGCAUGGGAGCGCUGGAGAUGUUCGCGUUGGGUCUGAAAGCCACGGGCUCGUACCUGUGCCGGUCGCUGUCCUACGCGGGUGCCGAGUUUGAGCUCCAGAACUGCGAGCUGACGGACGAGAUGGCGGCUAUGUACGACAGAUCGUGCGCCUUCUGGCAGAUGCUUCACAACGUCUUCAACACCGCGGCGACGGGCAGGAUCGCCGAGGGUCAGCGGAUGGAGAAGGCGAGCUCCGUCAAGUGGGCGCAGUUCUGGGCCGCGCAUCAGCGCUUCUUCCGACAGAUGCUCCUGAGCGCCAAGGUGCCCCACCUGGCGCGACUGGCGCUGGAGCACGUCCACGAGCGUAACAUGGCGGUGGUCAUCGGGCUGCAGAGUACGGGCGAGAGCAACGUCGGGCAGGCCAUGGCGGACGCGGCUACGCAAGGCGAGGAGGUGGACGAUUUCGUCUCCGCGCCAGCCGUGAUCUUACGCAACCUCAUCGCCAAACAGUUCCCCAUAACGUCGACCAAAUCGCAACUCGAGGCUGACGCCGAGCGCACGCGGGUCGAGGAGAUCGCCGCCGCCGCCGCCGCCGUUCCCGACGAGAAGCUCACGAGAAAUGACAAGAAGCGGGGAUGGAAGGAUGACGCGUCGCCCCCGCAAGGGGACGACAAGGAACCCAGCGAAGGCGACACCCCGACCAAAGACGAGAGCGACUCGUCCAACGACGGACCCGUGCAGUGCCAGGCGGAUCCAACCGCAAACUUACCCAUAUACGAGCGCCUGCCUCCGGCGCCCAGGAUCGGGCUAUCCGACGAGGACUCUCUUAUUUCCGAGGAGGACGAACGGAGCCGGAGCCCGUCGCCGACCCGGGGCGACGACGCGGAAAAGCAGCAGCAGGGAGUCGGCGACGCUGCUAACGAGAUUUUGGUGCGUAAUCCGUACCUGGUGCACAUACGCGACCUCCUUCUGGAGGCGACGGAGUCCCUCCAGCUGCCGCCCAACCCGCUGGAUCACCUGGUGGACCUGUGCGGCGGACCGUCAAAGGUGGCGGAGAUGACGGGCAGGGAGCGCAGGCUAGUGCGGUGCCUGGAGACGGGCAACGUCGAGGCGAAACUGAGGCGCAGUCAGCUAGACACCACGCAGAAGUUGCUGAACAUGGCGGAGAGGGAAUCUUUCCAGAGCGGCGAGAAACUCAUCGCGAUAAUCUCCGAGGCUGCGUCCACCGGCGUCUCGUUACAGGCGGAUAAGCGGGUAAAGAACCAGAGGAGGCGGUGUCACAUGACCUUAGAGCUUCCGUGGAGCGCCGACAAGGCUAUUCAGCAGUUUGGAAGGAGCCACCGCAGCAACCAGUCGUCGGCGCCGCUGUACCAGAUCCUGGUCACGCCGUGCGGCGGCGAGCGUCGGUUCGCCUCCGCCGCCGCGAAACGGCUCCAGUCCCUCGGGGCGUUACUCAAAGGCGACCGCAGAGCCCUUGGCGCGGGCGUGGACCUCCGCGCCUUCGACAUCGACACCAAGGAGGGAUCCGCCGCGUUGAACCGACUGUACGACGACGCUAGAGAGAAAAACUCGGGUCCCAUGCCCAACGUCAACGUGCCGGGGGGUGAUUUCAAGCGUUUCGCGCGAUUCGCUCGGCGCUGUUUGGUGUCCGUGGGGAUGGGUCACGCCAACAGGGCUAAAGGCAACGCGUGGGAGCUGCCCAAAAAGUUCGAGGGCAAGGUUCCGCUCUUCCUGAACCGGCUGAUGGGCCUCUCCGUGGACCAGCAGAAGCUCCUCUUCGCGUACUUCACGGAGACGCACGAGGCGGAGGUGGCGGAGGCCAAGGCCCGUGGCACCUUCGACGAGGGCGUGGUGUCGCUCUCCGCCGAGAGCGUCGCGAUGAGCGAUGGGUACCCGCGCGUGGUGCACACCGACGUCGCCAGCGGCGCCACCACCGAGCUGUGCCGGAUCACCAUAGACCGCGGGGUGACGUUCGCGCGGGUGCUGGAAAAGUUGGCGCAGUUUAAACGGACGUGCGUUGACACCGGGCACGACUUCGCGUACGAGAACGGCAUAUGGACGUCCCGGCCGUGGAUCCUUUGCGCCACGGAAAUUUGGAGGACACACGCGCUCGGUCGCCGCAUGUUCCGAAUCAGACGACCGUACAACAGCGACUCGCCGUCGCUCGCGCGCGAGCACCUAGUGAAGAACUACCGAAAGUUAACGCCGGAGGAGCUGCAGGCUGGCGGGUUGGGGGAGCUCACGUGGAGGUUCUGGUACAAUCGCGGGAUGGAGCCGUGCAUACACGGCGAGCGGUGCCGGCGGCGGGCGCACGGCGGGGUGUGCAAGGUUGGGCGGCGGGUCAGCGCGGAGUACCUGCUGACCGGCGCGGUGUUACCCCUGUGGCAGACGGUGGCGGCGAUCACGUCGGCGCGGAGGGACGCGGGCAGGAAUUUGCGGAGCGUCAACGCGAACGGCGCGAUGGCCUCCCCGACCUCGCCGCCGAUGACCGCGGCGGCGGCGCAACAUCUUCACAACGACCGAGACAAACCCAAGGGCGUGCUUCGCGUGGUGAGGACCGAGCUGGACGACGGGAGACUGGUGUUGGGACUCCACCUCGGCAAAGAGGACGUCGAGGCGUUGGAACAGAGGCUCAAAGACGCGGUGGAAACAGUGCGGGAGAGGCGCGCGUCGCAGAUGGAGGAGGACGAGCGCCUCAACUUGCCGAUGCGACGCGAGAGCGGCGGCGAGGACGACGGCUCGGACGGGGACGGGGUCAGCGAGGUGGAAAUCGAGCUGAGGGAGCCGGAAUCGUCGGUGUGCGAGAACAGGGAUCCCGUCACCGGAUGUGACCGGGUGUGA